AAAAUAAAAAAUAAAAAAACAAUGAAGAGAAAACUUAUUUCUUCAUCUUCAAUUUCUCUCUCCAGAAUCUCCUCUUCCUUCACAUAGUUAACUUCAGAGAGCAUCACUUACGCAGAUUUCAUAACAUUUCUAGGGUUUCAUUUUUCCCGAUGCUCGUUAAUUUUAUUCCAUUCCUCCUCCAUUUUUAAUCUAAUCUACACUUUAGUUAAUUCCAUCGAAACUUAAAGUUCGUCAAUUUUAAUGAGAAAAUUUAUCGAGUUUGCUCGAUUCGAUUUCUCUCUAUCACCGUAGUAAUGACGAUUUUUACUGUUUUGAUGGUUUUAGUUUCUCUCUUCUACUUCUUCAACCCUAACUUUGGGUACUCAAUCGAAAUUGAAUCGAGUUUACUAGCUUAAUUUAAAUAAUAAUAAUAGUCACCUUUUCAUUUACUGUAAUGUCGGAUUUUCGUUUUUUGGUGAUUUUUCCGAUUCUACUAUUUUUGUUCUUAAGUCCUGAACUUUUAUGUUCAAUUUCUUUGGAUGAUGAGGUUGAUGAUGAGCCUAUUUUAAUGUUGUUUCAUCAUGAUUAUUCGCCGCCGUCGCCACCACCACCACCGCCGCAUCCUCCGACUGUAUCGUGUGAAGGAGAUCUAGAAGGAGUUGGUCAUUUGGAUACUACAUGUCAAAUUGUGUCGGAUUUAAAUCUUACUGAUAGUGUAUAUGUACAAGGGACGGGCAAUUUUUUCAUCCUCCCUAAUGUAAAGGUGGAUUGUUCUGCAAUACCUGGAUGUGAGAUUGCUAUCAAUAUUACGGGUAACUUCACUUUAGGUGAAAAUUCGACGAUUGUUGCAGGUACUUUUGAUUUAAGUGCCGGAAAUGCAACAUUCAGUGAAGGAUCAUUGAUAAAUACCACUGGGUUAGCUGGUGAUCCGCCAUCUGCUACAAGUGGGUCACCUGUUGGGUUGGAUGGGUCGGGUGGUGGUCAUGGAGGGCGAGGAGCCUGUUGUUUGAUGGAUGAAACGAAGAAUCCCGAGGAUUUUUGGGGUGGAGAUACGUAUUCUUGGUCGUCGUUGCAUAAACCUUGGAGUUAUGGGAGUAAAGGUGGGACUACUAGCAAGGAGGUGGAUUAUGGUGGUGGAGGUGGUGGGAGGGUUCGGCUUCAUGUUAGCCAGUUUCUUGUGGUUAAUGCGCAGGUUUUGGCUGAUGGCGGCGAGGGGGGUAACAAAGGUGGUGGUGGUUCUGGUGGGAGCAUUCACAUUACUGCUUACAAGAUGUCGGGAGAUGGUAUUGUAAGUGCAUGUGGGGGUAAUGGUUUUGGUGGUGGAGGCGGCGGGAGAGUUUCCAUAGAUGUUUUCAGUUGGCAUGAUGAGCCAAAAACUUUUGCUUAUGGAGGUAUUAGUUACGGAUGUUCAGACAAUUCAGGUGGAGCUGGGACUCUUUAUGAUGCGGUUCCACGCAGCCUUUUCAUUAAUAAUCACAAUCGCUCUACGGUCACAAACACCUUGUUGAUGGAUUUUCCUAAUCAGCCUCUUUGGACUAAUGUAUAUGUUCGAAAUCAGGCAAAGGCAUCAGUUCCAUUGCUUUGGAGUCGGGUUCAGGUUCAAGGUCAAAUUAAAUUGGAGGCUGGUGGAGAAUUGAGCUUUGGGCUGGCACAUUAUGCUACAUCAGAGUUUGAGCUGAUGGCUGAGGAAUUAUUAAUGAGUUAUUCAGUGAUUAAGGUUUAUGGAGCACUUCGUAUGUCGGUGAAAAUGUUUUUGAUGUGGAACUCUCAAUUACUAGUAGAUGGUGGAGGAGAUGUUGCCGUUGCGACCUCCUUGCUGGAGGCUAGUAAUCUGCUGGUUCUAAGGGAGUCAUCCUCCAUACAUUCUAAUGCUAACUUGGGAGUUUAUGGACAAGGUCUGUUGAAUUUAACGGGCUCUGGUGAUUUUAUUGAGGCACAACGUUUGGUUCUAUCAUUAUUUUAUGGCAUCCAUAUUGGACCUGGGUCAAUUCUGCGAGGUCCACUAAAGAGUGUAAAUAAAGAUGACAUGACACCUAAUCUUUACUGUGAUCGUGAUGACUGCCCUGUGGAACUGCUGCAUCCUCCCGAUGAUUGCAGCGUCAAUUCUUCGCUGUCUUUUACUCUGCAGGUGUGCAGAGUUGAAGAUGUCAUAGUUGAAGGCACAAUAGAAGGAUCUGUUGUUCAUUUUCAUAGAGCAAGGACUGUUGAUGUGCUACCAUCUGGAACCAUUAAUGCAUCUGGAUUGGGCUGCAAAGGUGGGAUAGGGAGAGGAAAUCUUCUCAGUGACGGGAUUGGUGGGGGUGGCGGUCAUGGUGGCAAUGGUGGGGCUGGAUGUCGUGGUGAUAUUUGCGUUCAGGGUGGCGUAUCUUAUGGAAGUAAAUAUUUGCCCUGUGAACUUGGUAGUGGAAGUGGAAAUGACAGUUUAGUUGAUUCCACUAUUGGUGGUGGUAUUGUUGUCAUGGGUUCCAUGGAGCAUCCUUUGUCCAGCCUGUCUGUUGAGGGCUCACUAAGAGCUGAUGGAGGGAGUUAUCAAGAUGGAAGUACCAAAGAUAAUGCUGUCUUUAACAGCCUUACUGGAGGUCUUGGAGGUGGAUCCGGUGGCACCAUUUUAUUAUUCUUAAAGACAGUGACUAUAGGCGAUAAUGCCACUCUUUCUAGUCUAGGUGGGAAUGGUGGUCCACGGGGUGGUGGUGGUGGUGCUGGAGGCAGGGUGCAUUUUCACUGGUCUGAAAUUCCUACUGGUGACCUUUAUCAGCCAAUUGCAAGUGUUAGAGGAAGAAUCGUCACGGGGGGAGGAUUGGGCGGUGAUGAAGGUGGUGCUGGAGAAAAUGGUACAGUUACGGGAAAAGCUUGUCCGAAAGGUCUUUUUGGCACCUUUUGCAAGGAAUGCCCCCCUGGGACAUAUAAAACUGUCAUUGGAUCUGAUAAAUCCCUCUGCAAUCAUUGCCCCCCACUGGAGCUUCCUCGUCGCACUGUUUACCUUAGUGUCAGAGGUGGCGUUACUGAAGCUCCAUGUCCUUACAAAUGUAUUUCAGACAGAUAUCAUAUGCCGCACUGCUAUACGGCCCUUGAAGAAUUAAUUUAUACAUUUGGAGGGCCUUGGUGGUUUGGUCUUAUUUUAGUGGGCCUCUUAUUCUUGUUAGCUCUUGUGCUCAGUGUAGCACGUAUGAGAUUUGUUGCGGUUGAUGAAUUACCUGGUCCAGCUCCAACUCAACAUGGCUCUCAAAUUGACCACUCCUUUCCAUUCUUGGAAUCGCUUAAUGAGGUCUUGGAAACAAAUAGAGCUGAGGGAUCUCAGAGCCAUGUUCAUAGGAUGUAUUUUAUGGGCCCAAACACAUUUGCUGAACCUUGGCACCUCCCUCACUCUCCACCAGACCAGUUAAAAGAGAUUGUGUAUGAGGGUGCUUUUAAUAAUUUUGUGGAUGAGGUUAAUCUUCUAACAACGUAUCAGUGGUGGGAGGGAUCAGUGUAUAGUAUACUUGGUGUUUUAGCAUAUCCAUUGGCUUGGUCUUGGCUGCAGUGGCGCCGCAGGAUUAAAUUACAGCGACUCCGUGAAUUUGUUCGAUCUGAAUAUGACCAUGCGUGCUUACGAUCUUGUCGUUCACGUGCUCUUUAUGAGGGGAUAAAGGUUGCUGCUACUCCUGAUCUGAUGCUGGCGUAUGUCGAUUUUUUCCUUGGUGGUGAUGAGAAUAGGAAUGAUCUCCCUGCUCGUCUACUUCAAAGGCUUCCUUUGGCUAUUCAUUUUAGUGGUGAUGGAAGUUACAUGGCACCCUUCACUCUUCACAGUGAUAAUAUUCUUACUAGCCUUAUGAGUCAGUCUGUUCCACCAACAACUUGGUAUCGUUUGGUUGCUGGUCUUAAUGCACAUCUACGGUUGGUUCGUCGUGGAUGCUUACGAAAAACAUUUCGACCUGUCUUGAGGUGGCUUGAUAGUCAUGCUAACCCUGUACUGAAGAGUUAUGAACUACGUAUUGACCUAGCUUGGUUUCAAGCAACAACUUCUGGUUAUUGUCAAUAUGGUCUCUUGGUCUAUGCGCUUGAUGAGAACAUUGAGCUAUUAACUGAAUGUCAAGAUGGAAGAAUGCAAGUUGAUCAGCAUUCCAGAGGAAAUUCGUCAUGCUACCAUCGGGAAGAUGGCCUCUUAGACCAUGGCAAUAAAAGAAGUGAAUAUUUAAUGGGGCAGAAAAGGUCGAAAGGAGGAAUUCUAGACAUAAAUAAUAUACAAAGUCUGGAGGAAAAGAGAGAUUUUUUCUUCCCCUUCUCUCUUAUCCUUCACAACACAAAGCCUGUAGGGCACCAGGACCUUGUUGGACUGAUCAUUUCUAUAUUAUUACUGGGGGAUUUCAGUCUAGUACUUCUUACCUUACUUCAGCUGUUUUCAGUAUCAAUGAUGAAUGUUCUCCUUGUUUUAUUUAUAUUACCACUGGGUAUACUUCUUCCAUUUCCCGCUUGAAUCAAUGCUUUGUUCAGCCACGGUCCUCGGCGUUCAGCUGGCCUUGCACGUCUGUACGCUCUGUGGAACAUCAUCUCUUUGGUCAAUGUUGUGGUAGCUUUCAUUUGUGGUUAUAUACACUACAAGUCCCAAGCAUCACGAAGUAAAAUAAUACCUUAUUUGCAGCCCUGGGGCAUGGAUGAAAGUGAAUGGUGGAUUUUUCCAGUGGGGCUGCUUUUGUGUAAAUGUCUUCAGUCUCGAUUGAUAAAUUGGCACGUUGCAAACUUGGAGAUACAAGAUCGCUCGUUGUAUAGUUCUGACUUUGACGUAUUUUGGCAGUCGUAAGUCAUAACAUGAUCUUUCUUAGUGUCCCUUGCCCCAGAGUAUUUAGGUUUUUUGUAUGUUGCUCUUGGGCGCGUAGAUGAGAGGAACAAAGGAAGUGAAGGCGAAAAAGAAAAACAACACAAGAAAUUAUUAGGCUUAGGGUAAAAUGUCAUUAUUUUGUGUAGCUGAUCCGUUGUGUAGCCCUAUGUAUCUCAUUUCGUAUAUAAUAGGUACAUAUUUAUCAUGCUUCAUGUAUUAUUCUUUCUGACAGAGUAUUGGAUAAUUAACAAAUUUAUCACACUUAACAAGCAAAUUACUCCAUUUGUAUGCAA